AUGGAGUAUGCGGUUUGCCUCCGAGUUCUGUGCGCGUUGGUUCUAUCCAACAUUUUCAUCAAUGAAGUAUUAGCUGAUGUGUGUUAUGUUGGCCAAGAAAGAGACGGCGCCCGUUACAAAUGGGUUUUGGAUGUCCGCGACCCGUGCGAGUGCACCAAAAUACGUCUCGGGGGAGUCAACACAAUUCCCCCGGCAAGCAGACCGGGCAAAACACGGUACAUGGAGGAUUUAGUCCUCGGUGAUGAUGCCCAACAGAUCAGAGAAUGGCUGAAUUGCCCGGAGAAGACAACUCUGGAAACAGAAACAACAUCAUCGCUCCCGGUGACGUCAACGCAUGUUGUAACAUCAACGCUCGCGGUGACGUCAACGCCUGAUGUCACGUCAACGCCCGCGCUGACGUCAAUAUUUACAUCACUGUGUGACCCAGUAGAGCUUACAGCGACCCAAGCUCGGCAUACCGCUUAUCUGGUUGCUUCUCUCAACGCGCAAUCGGUCUGGGAACUAGACUUCAGUCUUUCAGACACUGCAAAGGGACUUAUUUUCCUCAGUCGCAGCAACAAUGAAGCAGACAACUUGUUCAAAAUAAUCAUCGAAAUGAAUGCAAUAGAAGUACACAACUCAUUAGAUCAACAACUCCUGCGUGCUGAUGAGUCUAUCGGGACAACUCGACACACACUGACCAUCGGAGAUGGAAAACUUGAACUCGACUCAAGAAACUUGGAGACGAAUCUCAAGCUGGACUUAACUGGAUUGGCCUACGUCAAGUUUGGAUGUGAUUCAGGUACCGCUUGUAUUUGGACUCUUCAUGAAGUCCUAUGUUCUUGGAAAUGAAAUUAACAUUUUGUUUUGCUUUGUGGUCGUCGGUCAAAAAAAAAAAAAAAAAAAAAUCGUGAUCGAGUGAAAUUAUUGCAUUUCUUUAAAUAUACCUGAUGCACAUGAUGUCAUAUCAGUAGGGCGCCCUCUCACUUAGAUAUCAACAAGCUGUCGUUGGCCAAACCUCGGCUGCGGGUCACAAUUUGUGGCUUUUGAUUUUUCGUCAUCGUUUUCUUUCAUUAUUAUCUCGCAUCCAUCAGGACGACCAAUUGAGCUCAAAUUUGUACAGGUUU